AUGCCGCGAUGGUUUCUACUCGUAGUACUUCGCGGAGAUGGGUUCAUUGAUGAAUUGAUGCCUUAUGUUGAUGUCCUUGGAUGUAGUAAAAGGCAAAGACAUAUGACCAAUGUUCUGAAUAACUGCGUUAUUUACAAUACUCGAGAAAUUAGCAUUCAGCAAAGAACUUGCAAAACAUCAGCUGACGAUUUCAGAUUACCACCAACGUUGAGAGUUAUGUUUACAUGUGGUUUAAUAAUCAAAAGCAAUGGCCGGGAAUUCCAGUGGUCUGAUGAACUUGUUCUGGAUUUAAUUUAUGAAAUCGAACAACGACGUCAUUUGUGGGACCCGAAAGACAAAGACAAAAAAAAUAGAAAUAAAAAAAGUGAUGCCUUUAAAUCGUUGGGAAACAAGCUUGGAGUGACUCCCGAAGAAAUUAUAAGGAAGUAUGAUCAUUUGUUGCAAAGUGUUGUCGGAAAGUAA